CUGGCUCUGGCUCUGGCUCUGGCUUGUCGUCCUCCAUCCAUGCUGCUCCUUCUGCUGCUCCUUCUACUGCUGCUGCUGCGGGUAGUAGUGCUCGUGGUGGUGGUCGUGGUGCAACCACUGCCAAUUCAAGCAACAACGAUUUUCCCGCGCAAAUCCAACAAGCACAGCGAAGAGCGACGCGCGCAUCACGAGCCGCUCAACCGCAGCAGCCACUGCUGGAUCAUCAGGAUCAGACGGCAUCGGCAUCACAAGCGUCGUCGCUGCUGACCGCGCUGAGUGACUGCGAGCACGUCCAUGCGCUGCGACUCACGCGCGGCCGCGUCAAGGCCAUCCUCAACCCGCGCAACUGGAGCUGCGCCGAGUGUGGCACCACAGAGAGUGUCUGGGCUUGUCUAUCUUGUGGCUACAUCGGCUGUGGCAGUGCGGCACAGGGACACAUUCAUACACACUGCGCGAGCAUGCAUCACUGGAUUGGCCUGGAGAUUAAUCAACGCACUGUUCACUGCAAUGCAUGCCAUGCAUUCAUCGCAGUCACCGACCGGCUGCCGGAGCUUUUCGAGCUGUGCGAGUCCCUCUCGGCGAUUGCUACACAACGCGUUUCGGAACCCGUUGUCGGCGGUUUGAGUCGACGAGCUACCGUUCUCGCUCUCUCUUCCGACGAGUCGCUGCUUGACCUCAAUCCCAGCAACGACGACGAGGAUGAAGACUCGGACAGGCGUUUUACCGCAGAGAAGCACUAUGCCUUCUGGCUCAUGUCACGCACAUUCUUACCCUGGAGGGCGCUGGUGGACAAAUCCCGAUCGGAUGGGCCGUUCUUUCCGCCUUCCGACAACAGUGUGCCUGCCUCUCUGAGGACGCCUUCAAAGCCGCCCAGCGCGCAUGACCAGGAUUAUUCCUGGAUUGCCACUCCACUGAUGACGCCCAUCGGCACACCCGUCCACUCUCCUUUGCGUGCCAUGAAGCGUAGAGCCGUGGCACCCGGCCAGUCUGGACUGCGCAACCUUGGAAAUACCUGCUUUAUGAAUGUGAUUCUCCAGUCCUUGAGCCAUGCUCCCAUUUUUCGAGAUUGCAUCCUCGCCCUCUAUCCCUCCAUGCGACGAAACAGUCAAGGGGAUUCAGGCCACGGCCCCUUGAGGCGUGUGGACACUACGGAAUGCUACACCAUCAUGUCGACCCGAAUUUCCGAGCGGAAGAGCAAACAAGAAGCCGAAGUCGGCGCGGUUGAUCCCACAACGAUUCUACAAGCACUGCACUCGUUAAUGAGAAUCAUGUGGUCUGGAAAAUGGGCCGUCGUAACACCGCACGCCAUGCUUCGAGCUGUAUGGGCUUCCAUGCCUGCGUUUCAUGGCUACGAGCAACAGGAUUGCCAGGAGUUUUACUUUUCGAUCGUUUCCGCACUGGAGAAUUCAUUGAAGGCGCUUCAACUGGAGCGCGCGUUUAUUCGUUCAGCAUCCAUUCCUGCAGUCAGACCGGUUGAUAUUGUUUCCCGACUCUUUCUGGGCAAGUUCCGGAACGAGACCAUUUGCCACAAAUGCCACAAUCGAACCUGGCGAUCAGACGACUUUCUGGACGUGGGGCUCGAUUUUCCCAAUACCAGCCCUGCCAAAGUCACUCGAAGUGCCUCCUUUCGAGAGCCUGUUGCCAUUCCUGCGUCACCACUAAUGACCCGCGUCGCUGGAGGCGCUGAGCAGCGCAUUCCGCCUUCGACGCCCAUUCUCGCCGAUCCUGUCCUCUCGUUUGCACCGCUCGCUCUUCGCAGAAACAGCUCUCUUGCCCUUGGCCGCGCACCACCAAUGUCUCCUGCGGUGGCCCUGCUGCAGCGCGAUGCUUCGGCACCUCCGACUCCAACCCGUUCUCUUUCUCCGCUCGUCCCCAACAAUCGUCCAGCUACUCCAACCGUCGAAGCAAUCCAAGGCCCUCGACUUUCCAUGAAACGUCGCCACGAAGAAACCAAACACCACUCUUUGAUCGACCUGAUCGAGCACUUUACUUGUUCGCACCUUCUCGAUGGCCAGUCGUACGACUGCGAGAACUGCCGGAAAGCGACAGCCACGAAUGCGCGCGGAGCAAGUGCUGUGCCAAGCUUGCAGUACGCCUCGCUCAAAACGCGCUUUGAAGAGCUCCCAGUCAUUUUAGUCUUCCACGUGAAGCGAUUCCGCUGGCUCAGCUGGCAGGCGUGCGAAAAGAUCACCCUCCCUCUUUCGUUCCCAGCAGAAUUGGACAUGUCCCCCUUCGUGUACACUUCCGACGGCCAUCCCGAACCGCCUGGCUCGCACCUGUACUCUUUGUUCAGUGUCGUGGAGCACCUCGGAAAGGGCAUCAUUGCGGGACACUACACCAACUAUUGCUAUGACUUUGAAUCGGCCUCUUGGCAGCUGUUUAAUGAUCACCGGGUGAUUUCCGCCACCUUUGCCGAAGUCCAAGCUGCACAGCCCUACAUGCUCUUCUACUUGCGCAAGGGCUCGGCGUCGUAUCUCCUCAGCAACAGCUGGAAGCGCCCGGCAGCUCACACAGGCGUUUCGAGCGGGGCUCUCACGACUCCAGCGAUGGCAUUUUCGACCCAAAGCUCGUCCUCCAGCUCUCCGCAACGGCCUGCACCUUCCGCUUCCACAGAUGUCUUUACACCCCCACUGGCUCGGCGGAAGCGUGUUGGAAAUCUCGAGUUGUGAUGUCGGUUGUAAUAUAAU